AUGGCGGCGCCGGUGCCGCCGGGGCCGGAGGUGUUCGACGUCGUCAUCUUCGGGGCCUCGGGCUUCACCGGCAAGUACGUCAUCCGCGAGGCGCUCAAGUUCCUGCCCCCCAACUCCUCCCCACUCCGCACCCUCGCGCUCGCCGGCCGUAGCCGGGACCGCGUCGCCGCCGCGCUUCGCUGGGCGGCCGCGCCGGGGCCCGCCCCCGACGUCCCCAUCCUCUUCGCCGACGCCUCCGACCCGGCCUCCCUCGCCGCGGUCGCCGCGCGGGCGCGCGUCCUGCUCUCCUGCGCUGGGCCCUUCCGCCUCCACGGCCGCCAGGUGGCCGCGGCCUGCGCCGAGGCGGGGGCCGACUGCCUCGACAUCUCCGGCGAGCCCGAGUUCAUGGAGCGCGUCGAGGCCGACCUCCACGAGGUCGCCGCCAGGAACGGGUCGCUGAUUGUCUCCGCCUGCGGGUUUGACUCCAUCCCCGCGGAGCUCGGGUUCUUGUUCAACUCCAGGCAGUGGAAGCCGCCCUCCGCGCCGCUGAGCGUGGUCGCCUACGUCAACCUGGAGUCGGACAGGAAGAUCGUCGGGAACUUCGGCACGUUUCAGUCGGCCGUUCUCGGCGUGGCCAACGCCAGCGAGCUGCAGGCACUGCGCCGGUCCAGGCCAAGGCCGGCAAAGCCCAAGAUUCCGGGGCCUGCACCUCCCAAAGGAUCACUGAUUGAGCAUGACAAGGCACUAGGAUUGUGGGUGGUGAAGUUACCUUCUGCUGACACAGUGGUUGUGAAGAGAACCCUAGCAAAAGUGACAGAGCAUCCCGAGGGCCUUCCUGGUGUGGAUGAAACCUCAGAAUUUGUGGACCGCAGGAAGGAAUUCUGGUCCUCUAUCAAACCUGCACAUUUCGGUGUGAAGAUUGGCACCCGUUCCAUCCUGGGCCUUGUGCGGUGGCUGUAUACUGGACUUUUCAUCGGCAUCCUUGGGGGUUUCUCCUUGGGUAGGUCCCUCUUGCUAAAAUUCCCCGAGUUCUUCUCCCUUGGGUUGUGUAGAAAGACUGGACCAACAGAAGAGGAGGUGAACAGCGCCUCAUUCAAACUGUGGUUCGUCGGCCAUGGGUACAGCGAUUUGGCCCGUGCAUCAGAGCGUGGAACCAAGCCAGACAUGGAGAUGGUCACCAGAGUUUCAGGGCCAGAGAUCGGGUAUAUCACCACUCCGAUCGUCCUCGUCCAGUGCGCCCUCGUCCUGCUGAGCCAGCGAGCCAAUCUGCCGAAAGGCGGGGUGUACACGCCGGGCGUCGUCUUCGGCCCCACAGAUCUCCAGAAGCGUCUCGAGGAGAACGGCGUGUCGUUCAACCUCAUCUCCACGAGGACCCUCCCUUCAGAUUAA